AUGCCGCCUACGCAAAACUUUCUCCAGUCCUUCCUCCAUACCAGUCGCACCACCCUCGUCGCAGCGACCAAAACCACCAACAUCCUCCCAAUCGUAAUUGGCAAUGAAUCCGCCGACCUAGACUCGUUCGCUUCCUCCCUCCUCUACGCCUACCUCACACCUACCCGUCCGCAACCCAUUCCUUUUCUCGCCAUCCCCCGCGCCGACCUCUCCCUCCGUCCCGAAUUCCUGCACCUCUUCCACGAACUCUCGCUGUCUCCUUCCGACAUCCUCUGUGCGGACGACACUCCGAGCUUCCACUCGGUCCCUCCCUCGGCGCUCCACCUGCACCUCGUCGACCACAACGUCCCGACACUCCCGCUGCCCGGUUCACAAGUUGUGGGAAUAAUCGACCACCAUGACGACGAGGGUCAUUUCCCGUCGGCGUCACCGCGGGUGAUCGAGAAGUGCGGAUCCUGCUCCUCGCUCGUGAUCCGCACGUUCCUCGCACAAUCCCAACUCCGCAAAGCCGAUGAACAAUCGCAGAUCGCGCGCUUGGCCCUCGCAGCUGUACUCAUCGAUACAACCGACAUGACGCAGAAGGUUACGGAGAUCGAUGAGGCGGUGGUGCAGACGCUGCUGGGAAUGCUGCCAAAGGACUGGGACAGGAAGGCAUUUUAUCAGGGCGUGUCGCAGGCGAAGAAGGAUGUCGGGAGCCUGCCGCUGAGGGAUCUGCUCAGGAAGGACUAUAAGGAGUGGGCUGAAGCGAACGUGUGCAAGAUCGGCAUCGCGAGCGUCGUAAUGGGCCUAAAAUGGAUGUGCUCCCGCGAGGAGAACAAUACUGUGUUCAUGAACUGUCUCAAGUCCUAUGCCGGCGAGAAAGGACUGGAUGUACUGGGCGUUAUGACUACAGAUGGGGAGGGCGAUGAGUUCCACAGGGAGCUGCUGCUGUGGGGAAUGAGUGAUGUGGGGAAGGAAUGUGUGCAGCGGUUUGAGAACGGCGCAGAUGACGCGGGGUUGAGUUUAGGGAAGUGGGGGGAUGGAGAAUUGGAUUUGGUGCCAGAGCGCAAGGCAUGGACGCAAGGGAAUCUGGCUAUGAGUCGGAAGCAGGUUGCCCCGUUCCUCAGGGAGUGUGCCAGAGGGAGGAAUGAUACCAACAAAGCGAGAGCCAAGGUUUAA